CCUGGACUUGGAUAAGAAAAAAAUCACCUCUGUAUUCACGGAGGAAACUGAAUUAAAACAGCUGCCUGCGGUUUUCAGCAGCUGGGGUUUUGCGGAGUUUUGUUAGAAGAGCUGAAGUUUGGUUGCGCCUCGUUAGCGCUGCUACAUCCAGAAAACAAGAACGCAGAAUGGGAGAGAAAAAGGAGACGUGUGGGACUGUUUGUUUGAAAUACCUUCUCUUUACUUUCAACUUUCUGUUUUGGCUGGCAGGGGGCGCUGUUCUGGCUGUAGGAGUAUGGACUAUAGUAAAGAAAAGUGACUACAUCAGUUUGCUGUCUUCCCAAAUCUACGCUGUGUCUGCCUACAUCCUCUGCUUGGCAGGGGUCACCGUGAUGAUUACUGGAGUUCUGGGCUGCUGUGCCACUUUUAAAGAAAAAAGACGGCUUCUUAGAGUGUAUUUUGUCUUACUACUCUGCAUCUUUCUUCUGGAAAUUCUGGCUGGUGUUUUGGCUUACAUCUACUAUCAGCAGUUGAGCGGUGAGCUGAAGAGCAAUCUGAAAGACACUAUGGUGAAGAAAUAUCGGCAGCCUGAUCAGGACCACAUCACCCAGGCCGUGGAUAAAUUACAGCAAGAGUUUAAGUGCUGUGGAAGUAACAGCUCAUCUGACUGGACUGAGAGCGUCUGGAUCCACUCUGAUAAUUCUAGUCUUAGAAAAGUCCCGGACAGCUGCUGUAAAACCCCCACAAAUGGUUGUGGGAAAAGAGACCAUCCCUCCAACAUUUACAAAGUAGAGGGGGGCUGUAUAAGUAAGCUAGAGAACUUCAUCUUGGAGCAUUUGAAGCUUAUUAGUGCUGUGGGUGUGGGAAUCGCCUGUGUACAGAUUGUGGGAAUGAUCUUCACAUGCUGUCUCUACAGGAAUCUGAAAGAAGAGCCGUACCUUUAGUUAAUUCUGAAACAAAAGAUUAGACUUUAGUAACUGCCAUUUAUGAUAAUUACAUUAUGUCUGUACGUAUCGAAUCAAUAUGACAUCCUUGCCUCAUGAAACGAAUCGGCACAUGCUAUUGAACUCCAGAAAUGCACUCGAAAUUGUGUAACUAUCUUUAAAUGUCAGCUUUUGUCUUUUGGAUGCAAUUUUUAUUCAUCAUUCAAAAUUAAGAAGACUUGAUUAAUCCUUUAAUGGCAAAGUUUAGGUUGAUGACAGACUACUGACUUUAUUGACUACUAUUUUAUACAUGUUGCUCAUUUGUUGGAUGACUUCUCUAUUACAUUUAUGUCUUUUAAAACUUUUUUUUAUAUAAUUUGUUUUAUAAUUUAUACUGUUCUUAAAUUUCCUUUUUUUUUUUAAAUGAUCUUUCCUCUUGCUUGUUUCUAUGCACAACCUAAUUUUAGUUUUAAGCUGAAAUAGGCAUCUUAAAUGACUGUGGUAUUAAGACAAAGACAACUUGAGCUAAGAAUUUCUUCUUGCUGUAACUAAUAAUACAAAAAAAAUCACCAGCACGGUGGAUACAGUGUAAGUUGGAGAGUAUUGUAUUAUAAAGGGUGGAUACAUUUCUCUAGUGGUCUUUCUUUUUUCUGUGUAUUAGCAGUAAUGAACACAUUGUUAUAGCUUCUUGAUGUUAUUAAACUAUUUCUCUGUACAUUUGUAUGUAUGCAGUAAUUGAUAAGUAAAUAAGUAAACACUUAAAUUGUC